GCGUUAUGGACCCCGGCUCGGAUGGAGCCACCGUCCUCAAGGAGAUGCGGGUCAACGUGGUGCCCCUGGACUACAUGGAAGAGGACAGCAUCGUGCAGGCUUACAAGACGGUGACCACGAAACUUGGUGACAAAGAGCUGUGGGGCAUCGUGGCCAACGCGGGCGUGAACCAACUACGGCGAGCUCGAGUGGAUGUCGUACGACGAACUGCGCUGGCUCGUCGCCGUCAACGUCACCGGCACCAUGCGCUUCGUCAAGGAAGGCAUCGCGCUGCUCAGGAAGAGCAAAGGCCGCAUCGUCAUCAUGUCCAGCGUGCACGGCCGCAUGUCCAUACCUGGAUCUGUGGGGGCGUCGGCGGCGGCGGCGGCGCUCUGUUCACUCGCCGACGGCCUGCGGCGUGAGCUACACAAGUGGCAAGUGAACGUGUCCACGGUGGAGCCCAUGCUGUAUAAGACUAGGAUCACGGACCCCGAGAACGUGAGGAUCGGCAUCAACGAGGUCAUCAACAGGAUGAACCCCACCAUGAGGGAAGAGUACGGCCAAGUCUACCUGGACGCCUUCAAGAACUUGAUCCCCAAACGCAUGCAGAAGUACAUGCACGUCAACCUCAACGACGUGUCCAAGGCAGUUCACUGUGCUUUGACAGAUCCGGUCCCCAAGGCGCGGUACCGGUGCGGCAGCACGGACGUUGCCCUGUGCAGCCUCUUCGAGCUGCUGCCCAUCGAGAUGCUGGACAGCGUGCUCAUUAACGUUUUCCAGCCGAAGAGCAAGUCACGCGGAAAGUUGUUCGCCAGCCCUGCUACGCCCAUGGAGUUAACCAAGACGCACUGA